AGAUAGAACCGUCUUUUCUGAACACACAGUCUACAAAACCCACUGUUCACUCUCUCACACGUACAGCACAUGCCUGGAGUUCACUUUGAAGAUAGAGGUGGCAAUCACUUGUUCUAUGGUACUGGAGCAGGACAGAGGAUUGGCGUCUCAAUGAUGAAGAUCAAUAUUCUUCUGCAUUUGACGUUAUUGCUGGUGAGGACAUCAAUCAUUGAAGUUUCACCUGUGGAUAAAUUAACAGACGUUUCUGGUGGCAGCACUCAGCAUUUAAACUCAGUUCAGCUUGGAGAAUGUAGCUACACCUUCAUUCUGCCAGAACCUGAGGAGAGCAGGACUGGUAGCUGGCCAGAAGAACAUGAUGGUAAUUAUGAAGGUAACAGUGUCCAGAAAGAAUCUCCACAGGGGAAGCAAAGCUGCUUAAACCAGCGGUUCCAACACCUAGAGCUUGCCAUGGAAAAUUACACCCACUGGCUCCAAAAGAUCGAGGUCUUUGUAAAAGAGAGUCUGACAGAAGACACAACACACCUGCGGAAUAAUGCUUUACAUAGUGAAAUGACAGCCAUGCUGAAUCUUGGCACCAAACUGCUUUCCCAGUCCACCCAACACAUCAGGAGACUAACAGACAUGGAGACACAGGCUUUGAAUCAGACUUCAAGAGUGGAGAUUCAGUCACUGGAAAACUCCUUGUCCUCCAUCAAACUUGAGAACAAACUGCUCCGGCAAACCAGUGAGAUCAACCAACUUCAGGACAAAACAGAUGCCCUAGAGCAGCGUGUGCGUAACAUGGAGGCACGUCAUCAUGCAGAAUUGGGUUGGAUAAAGAGUGAGUGGACAAAGCUCCAGAGACUCCUGGCAUCUCAGAGCUCUUCAAUACAGAGCCUGGAGCUCAAUCUAGAGCAGGUCAUCACCAACAACAGCGCCCUCUACCGUGAGCAACUACAACUGCAAAGUACCAUCAGUAAUCUGCUUAAAAUGUGCCCUAAGAACAAAGCAGUGAGUCCAAAUGUUUUCAAACAAAUGGAUGAGCAGAGAAAAUACAGAGACUGUGCUGAACUCUUCCGGGCUGGAUUUAACAGGAGUGGAAUUUACACCAUCUACAUUAGCAUGCAAGACAUGCAUAAGGUUUAUUGCAACAUGGAAAGUUCUGGUGGCGGCUGGACCGUCAUACAGUUGAGGAAAGAUGGAACGUUGGACUUCCACAGAACUUGGAAGGAGUAUAAGAUGGGCUUUGGGAGUCUGACUGGAGAACACUGGUUGGGCAAUGAGCUGGUGUACAAGUUGACCAAUCAGAGGCAGUACACUCUUAGACUGGAGCUGACAGACUGGGAUGGCAAAGUGGCCUUCUCCCAAUAUGACAAGUUUUACCUUGGUAGUGAGAAACAAAACUACAGGUUGUUCCUGAAAAGCUACAGUGGUACAGCUGGCAGACAGAGCAGUUUGGUAAUAAAUGGGGCUGACUUUAGCACAAAAGACAUGGAUAAUGACAACUGCAUCUGCAAGUGUGCACUCAUGCUCACAGGCGGCUGGUGGUUUGAUGCCUGUGGCCCAUCAAACCUCAACGGCAUCUACUACACCUCUGGACAAAAUUCAGGCAAACUUGAUGGCAUCAAGUGGCACUACUUCAAAGGCCCCAACUACUCUUUACGUGCAACCACCAUGAUGAUCCACCCAUUAGAAUUUUGAGAAACCGAUCAUCUGUCAUCAAAUUAUCACACAUUUUUCCACAAUGAAUGAACUUAUACAUAUGCUGUGUAACUGGUUAAAUAUUUUAAUCAAGUUUGUGUGGGAAAUUCAAUGUCAAACUACUAUAAUUCUUAUAUGUUUAUUACCUUUUCCUCAUGUUAUACAUUGUGUUCUUUAAAUAGUCUGUUGUGUUGAUGGAACUCUCUACUGAGGGCUUGACUUACUGGUGUCAUCAGCUUUCAGGAAAUUCAUGAACUCGUUUCUAAACUCUAUUUGGUUACAUUUUAUUUUGAUAGUCCACUUUAGACAUUGUACUAACUAUAAGUAAAUUUGCAACUACAUGUCAACUAGCUCUCAUUAGAGUAUUAGUAGACUGUUAGGUUAGUGUUACUGUAGGUUUAGGGUUAGUACAAUAAGUUGACAUGUACUUACAAAGAUACUUACAGUCAGUAGAAUGACGGUUAGAGAACCAUCAAAAAAAAAGUGUUUGCAGAUAUUAUCAGAACAAACACUUAAGCACAAGCACUAUUUAAAAAAACUGAUACUUGAUACUUGAUAUGCAUGUUACAUUUUUCGGCUUUGUUGUAAAUAUUGUUUCUAGAAUAUUUUCUGAGCUUGGAUUGUGUUGCCUUGAUGGCAGGUGUGUCAUAAACUAAAAUGUGCUAUUUUUUCCUGUUUUAAAAAAGUAAAUUUUACAUUUAGAUUAAGAAUUUAUGGAAAAAUAUGUUUUAUGUGCUGUUACCAUGUGUUUAAAGUAUGUUGUUAAAUGCAGUUUGCUGCAUAUUACAUCUUACAAUAUUACAACUGUAUGCAGUAAAAGUUGCUGAUAACAAUCUGAUGUAUCAUCUGUAUCCUCGAGGUGAUGACAA